AUGGAAGGUGAAGAGCGUGCUCACCGUGACGCCCAUUUCCAAGAAGAGUUAGAAUCUCUGAAAGUAAGCGUGGCUCGCCUCACUAGCUUACUCGAGCAAACACUUAGAAAUGCCUCUGGUGAAGGUCCUUCCAACCGACCUGCUAUUUUUGUUCAGCCUCCAACAACAGCUCAACCCGAAAAAACAAUGAGUGAACAUGGUCAUGAACCUCCACACAAUCCAGCUUUUGUGCACUCAAUGCCACCAGCACCAACCCCCGCAGUCAUAGAUGCAUUUGCCAAUGAGUCCCACAAGACCAAGUCAUCUGAUGACAUUGAUAAGAUGGCAGCGCUAGAAGCCCGAAUCAGAGCCAUUGAGAGGGUAGACUUGUACGAUCCAGUACGAGCAAUAGAAAUGUGUUUGAUCCCAAAUGUGGUUGUCCCGAAGAAGUUUCGUGUUCCUGAAUUCGUCAAAUAUACUGGAACACAAUGCCCCAUGACUCAUCUCAAAUCCUACUGUAACAAAAUGGCAGAAAAAGACUUGGUGGAUGCUUUUGUCAAGCAAUACAAGUAUAAUAUGGACAUCACUCCUGACAGAACUAGUUUGUCCAACCUAGAGAAAAGGGAUAAGGAAAGCAUAAGGAAAUAUGCUCAAAGGUGGAGAGACCUAGUUGCUCAAGUACAUCCUCCACUCCUGGAUAAAGAGAUGGUCACUCUAUUUGCCAACACGCUCAAGGACCCAUACUACGAGCAUGUGAUUGGUAGUUCGGCCCAACAAUUUACUGACGCUGUGGCAGUAGCUGAACGCAUAGAGCAAGGAGUAAAGAGUGGUAGAAUCUAUGUAUCUGUGGAGAAAAGGGGCUUUGAAGGUAAAAAGAAAGAGGUCGACUAUGUUGAAAGUGGAUAUAGGGGUAGGAAGAACCCAUUCCAGAACUAUCACACUCCAUCCCCUUCACCCCAAAUUUCUAACAUCAAUCUCAGCCCUACAUUCCUCACAAAAAAACCUGAGCCUCAAACCAAACACCAAAGAGUCCAAGAGCAACUACCUCCAUUACCGUUGCCCUUAAAUGAGAUGUACCAAAAGCUACUGAGCAGCGGGCAUAUAGCUCCAGAACCUUUGACACCUUUGCAACCACCUUACCUCAACUGGUACAAGCCCGACCUCACUUGCGAGUAUCAUGCUGGUGCCGCGGGACACAACAUUCAUACUUGCAGUGCCUUUAAGAAGAGGCUCAUGCAUUUGAUUAAAGCUGGAUGGGUAACCUUCGAAGGAACUCCAAACGUGAGUUCGAACCCUUUACCCAAUCAUGCUUCAGGUACUGGGUCAGUGAAUGCACUAGAGGGGGAAUGCUCUGGAAACCUCAAAGCACCGAUGGCAAGAGCAAAGUGUGAAGAAGGCAAUGUGCACUCUCAAGGAUAG